AUGGAUAGAUACAGAGCAGGAGGAGGUGAAUCAGACGCUUACGAUAGAAGAAUGCCUUCAUCUUCUUCUGAACCCCCAAAUAGAAACCCUAAUUUUAGACCUGGGUUUUCUUCUGCUCGUGGUGGUGGUGGCGGUCGGAGUACCAAUUUCCAUAGUCCUCCUCAUCAGCAUCCUUCUUCUUCCAAUUACAGUCACUGCGGCGGCGGCGGUGGUGGUCGGAGCAACAUUAAGCUCAUAUUCACCUCAAGUACUGCAGAAAAUUACGGUGUGAAACUCUAUCUUCCUUCCUUUUUGAAUGGAUGCUGUUUCAUAAAAUAUGCAACUUCCGAGGAUGCUGAGAGGGCUAUUAGAGCUUUGCACAAUCAAUACACUUUACCUGGGGGAACGGGCCCUAUACAAGUUAGAUAUGCUGAUGGAGAUAGGGAGCGCCUUGGUAAUUAUCUUCCUAAUUCAGUUUAUGUAUCAUUCUUAGGUUGUGUUUAA